UGUCCCUCAGACACAGCGGAUCACGGAAAGAGCCGGAGAUGUCGUCUCGGUCAUGUGAUCAGCUGUGUCCAAUCACAGCUGAUCACAUAGGGGACAUGUACACUGAUCAUGAUCAGAAGUGCCAUGAUCAGGGCACUGAUGAUCAGAAGUGCCACCUGUCAGUGCCCAUCUGAGCUGCCUUUCAAUGUCACCCAUCAGUGCCAGUCAGUGCCACCUAUCAGUGCCAGUCAGUGUCGCCUAUCAGUGCGCGUCAGUGCGGCCUGUCAGUACCGCCUAUCAGUGCCAUAUAUCAGUGUCAUGUAUCAGUGCUGCCUUUCAGUUCCCAUCAGUGAUGCCUGUCAAUGCCCAUCAGUGCAACCU